AACGGCGCGAGUCUCCCAACGUAGGCGACGACGGCAACGAUGGCGACAAGACCACCCACCCCAUAGCUUGGCAGUCAGCCUCGUGUCUGGCCUUCAUCCGAGGUUCGAUUCCGAUGGGCCCUUUCUACCCCCAGUGUUUCUGGCCCCCCAAUCACAGCCACAAGCCUCGCGCUGUGAGACACGGCGACCCAGCGAAGCUCGAACGGGCAACCUCUUGAGACAACCCCUGUGUCAGCCAAGUUUAGGGAGUUUAGAAACUUUUCACUCUCAGCCUCGUCAUUUCGUUUUACCAGGUCAUGAUAGGGUGUUCGUGUGAUUUGUUUCAGAUAUUGCCCGUUUUAAUUGUCUGCUAGGGUUAGGAGCCAAUAUGAAUUUCCUUUUCCCCCCUUCACUCUCCUUAGUUCAACGGCAUAUUCGAAAUUUGUCGAUUAUUUGACCUGAUUUGAUCUUCGAUCAUAAACUCGUGAAACGUUAUUUGUUCUCUGGUAUCAAUUGUCUUCUGCUGCUCUACAAGUACUCGUUACACGACCCAUAUCCAAAAUGCUCUCUAGCUUCACAGCAAAGCUGGCGAUGAAGAAGGUGGGGUUGUCAAGCGACGCCUUGGAUUUCUCUUCCACACCCAGCAACCCUUCAAAGAGCGACUCUAAUGCCAAGUACGAUGACGAGGAUGACUCGAGCAAUUCGAAUUGGCCUGCGUGGAUGAGCACGAAAAAGCUGCCCCUUACUGCGCAGGCGUGGCUCUCACCUACCCCACCUCCAGUGCCCAUUGCGACGGAGUGCCCUAAGCCCGGCGAUCUGGCUCCGCUAGAUCGUGACCGUCAGCUCGAAUUCGGUGGUGGUCGACCUGUGAUUGUGCUCUUUUUGCGAUGUGUUGGAUGCGCAUUCGCGCAGAAGUCUUUUCUCGCUCUGCGUACUCUCGCGAGCAAGAAACAGGGUAGCUUGAGAUGUAUUGCAGUGUCGCAUUCCUCGGCGGCGGCGACACGCAAGUGGGUUGAUAUACUAGGGGGUUCGUGGAACGUCGAGGUCGUCAUUGACCAAGACCGCGCCAUCUAUGCAGCCUGGGGGCUAGGAUUGGGGAAUAUAUGGUACAUGUUCAAUCCCACAACUCAAGUCCAGGGCUGGAAAGAGAAGGGAUGGCUUGGUAUUAAGGUUGCUGAUGCGAUCCAGCGAACCGGGGCCGCAGACCGUUUGACGACAGGAAAGAGUGGCACAGCCGUUAAGAGAACGGGCACUGGUAUGAGCACCAGGAGUCAGGGUAAAAGUGGCACAGGAGAAGUUGAGACAAAAGGUGAGGCUGACAUCGAGGGCCCGUCGACAGUCAUGGGCAAUAAGUGGCAACAAGCAGGUCUAUUUGCUGUUGAUGGACGAGGUACCGUGAUCUGGGCAGCGAAGGCGUCGAGAGCAGACGAUGUCAUGGAUCUCGAUGCAGCAGCUGCAAGUCUCGGGUUCUGAGUUGUUAUGGCCAGCUCUCACGAUUAACAGUUCGAUUUCUGUUCCCUCUUUAUGAUCACAAGGCCUGGCGUUUGGUGUUGUUCGGCAAGAUCAGUCUUUUAUCGUCUCCUUUUCCAGCAUUGUACUACUAUACCAAAUGUGAGACAAGAAUGCCAAAAUUCGUUAGCGCUAUGAUCAAGAGCACACAGCAUACCUAUAUCCUUCUGGGCUGGUGGCGAUCCGUAUUACCACGGUACAUGUUGUGUCUCCGCAGCCGGGUGGCGGUUAUGCCGUAUCAUCUAUCAGGCUGUUUCUGUACGACCGGCGCUGUCGUAGCACGGAGU